GUUGCAGAAGCGGAUAGGUAAAGUACUUUUGUGGAAACUUUGCCCCGUGAACAUCUCAAAUAUUAUCUUGGACUUUUGACGACAUAUAACAGUUCUUGGGGUGUGCUGGAAUCAGUUGAACCCCCUUUUUUGGAUUGGGUGUUUUUCAGGUUCAGUGAUGAAUAAGCUACGGCAGAGCUUCAGACGGAAGAAAGAUGUGUACGUGCCCGAGUCCAGCCGGCCGCACCAGUGGCAGACGGACGAGGAGGCGGUACGCAGCGGCAAGUGCAGCUUUGCAGUCAAGUAUCUGGGCCAUGUGGAGGUGGAGGAGUCUCGAGGCAUGCACAUCUGUGAGGAUGCAGUGAAGAGGCUGAAAACGGACAGAAAGUUCUUCAAGGGCUUCUUUACAAAAGCUGGUAAGAAGGCAGUCAGAGCUGUGUUAUGGGUGUCAGCAGAUGGCCUGCGGGUCGUGGACGACAAAACAAAGGAUCUGAUUCUGGAUCAGACAAUCGAGAAGGUGUCAUUCUGUGCUCCUGACCGUAACUUUGAGCGGGCGUUUUCGUACAUCUGCCGAGACGGUACCACACGACGCUGGAUCUGCCACUGUUUUAUGGCCGUCAAAGACUCAGGGGAGCGACUUAGUCACGCUGUGGGGUGUGCUUUCGCGGCAUGUCUGGAACGUAAGCAGAAGAGAGAGAAAGAAUGUGGGGUCACGGCCACUUUUGACGCCAAUCGGACCACUUUCACCCGUGAGGGCUCCUUCCGUGUCACCACGGCAACAGAGGCAGCAGAAAGAGAAGAGGUCAUGCGACAGAUACAGGAUGCAAAAAAAGCUGAGACGGAGGGAAAGGCAGUGGUACCAGGCAGUACCGUCACCUCCUCUGUCAACUCCGCAGUUUCUCUCCCAGGGCCUCCAUCACCCUCUUCCUCCCCGCCCUUGCCAAUUUCCUCAUUAGGUCCUCAGGAGGCAAACCCCCAUGCCAUCCCACGCCGCCACGCCCCCGUGGAGGCCCUGGCCCGCCAGGGCUCGUUCCGAGGCUUCCCCACGCUCAGCCAGAAAACAUCACCGUUCAAACGACAAAUGUCACUGCGCAUGAAUGAGCUUCCGUCCACCAUGCAGCGCAAAUCGGACUUUCCCAUGAAGAACACAGUGCCGGAGGUGGAGGGUGAAGGAGACAGCAUCAGCUCCUUGUGUACUCAGAUCACGUCUGCAUUCAGCGUUCCUCCUGGAGACCCCUUCGCCUCUGCCCCCAUGCCCAAACCGGCCUCCUCCCCACAGUCUCCUGCUGCACCAGUGAAUGGCUCAGCUCCUGCGUUCCCCCCGCCCACUGUCACUGUCACUGCUGCUGCUAACCCCCCCCUGACCUUGCCCCCUCCACUGCCUGCACGAGACACUAACCCCUGGGCCCCCGCUGCUCCCACACAGACAGCAGGGCCAGACUGGCCAAAUCACACAUCUGCGGCCCCUGCUCCCCCUGCUGUGAUGGGCCCGCUGGCCGCCCCCACGCCCUCCCACAAGCGCACGCCGUCAGAGGCCGACCGGUGGCUGGAGGAAGUGUCCAAGUCUGUCCGCGCCCAGCAACCAGCGGUUGCCAUGAGGACAUCCACACCCCCAGCCCAGCCCUUCCCCGCUCCCAUGCCUGUCCCCUUGGCGACGGCCCCCCCUGUGGCUUUCAUGCCCCCGGUGCCCCCCGCCGUCCCCGCCCUGCCCCCGCGCCAGCCCGCUUUCCACGCUCAGGCCCCGGCUUCCUACCCCAUGUCCAACGGGUUACCCUACACCCAGCCCAGUGUGCCCGUGGUAGGAAUCACCCCGUCGCAGAUGGUGGCUAACGUCUUUGGCUCAGCCACCCAAACCCAACCGAUGCCCAUCCCCGGCCCCCCGCCUCAGCUGCAGCCCCAGCCCUUCUCCACACCACCGCUGGUUCAGUUUGAUCCCCGGGCAGCGGGCAGUCCUUUCACCAAACCUCCGCUGCCUCCGCCUGCCAUCCCUCCCUCCCUGCAGCCACACAACGGCAACGCCACCUUUAAUGGGGCAGACAACUGGGCGGCCCCCUCCUCACCCGCACCCCCAGCGCCGGCUCAGCCCCAGGUGGAUGACUUUGAAGCACAGUGGGCCGCCCUCGAGAGCCGUUCGCGUCAACGCACGUCCCCUUCCCCCAAUAACCCCUUCUCCAGCGACCUCCACAAGACAUUUGAGAUCCAGCUUUAGAGCUACAGAGUAGAGAUGCAUCUCGGACUGGGACAGCGGCCAUCAGGUCACCAAGAGCUUGAUGGGUGGAGGAACUUCAAAAGAGAAAACUUCUAACCACUCUGUUCUUGUCUCUCUUGC